AAGGCGGGGUAUAAAACGAAAAUAAAAGUAUGCUGAGUUAGAGAGGUCAUUCUAUCUUACUCUCUGCACUCAAGACUGCUCCUGUCUGCCGACAGAAACAGAUUGGAGCCAUGGCUUUGGAACACAACCAGUCAACAGAUUACUAUUAUGAGGAAAAUGAAAUGAAUGACACUCAUGACUAUAGUCAGUAUGAAGUGAUCUGUAUAAAAGAAGAGGUCAGAAAAUUUGCAAAAGUUUUCCUGCCUGCCUUCUUCACAAUAGCUUUCAUCAUUGGACUUGCAGGCAAUUCCAUAAUAGUGGCGAUUUAUGCCCAUUACAAAAAGCGGCGAACCAAAACAGAUGUGUACAUCCUGAAUUUGGCAGUGGCAGAUUUACUCCUUCUAUUCACUCUGCCUUUCUGGGCAGUUAAUGCAGUUCAUGGGUGGGUUUUAGGGAAAAUCAUGUGCAAAGUCACUUCAGCCUUGUACACGGUCAACUUUGUCUCUGGAAUGCAGUUUCUGGCUUGUAUCAGCAUAGACAGAUAUUGGGCAGUAACUAAAGCCCCCAGUCAAUUGGGAGUGCGAAAACAAUGCCGGCUCAUCUGUUUCUGUGUCUGGAUGGCUGCCAUCUUGCUGAGUAUACCUCAGCUGGUUUUUUAUACAGUAAAUCACAAGGCUAGGUGCAUUCCCAUCUUUCCACACCACCUAGGAACAUCAAUGAAAGCAUCAAUUCAAAUGCUGGAAAUCUGCGUUGGAUUUGUAAUACCCUUUCUUAUUAUGGCAGUGUGCUACUUCAUCACGGCAAAGACACUCAUCAAGAUGCCAAACAUUACAAAAUCUCGGCCCCUCAAAGUUCUGCUCACAGUGGUCAUAGUUUUCCUUGUCACUCAGCUGCCUUAUAACAUUGUCAAGUUUUGCCAAGCCAUAGAUGUCAUCUACUCCCUGAUCACCAACUGCGACAUGAGCAAACGUAUGGAUGUUGCCAUCCAAAUCACAGAGAGCAUUGCACUCUUUCACAGCUGCCUCAACCCGGUCCUGUAUGUUUUUAUGGGAAACUCUUUUAAAAACUACAUCAUGAAAGUUGCCAAGAAAUAUGGGUCCUGGAGAAGACAAAGACAAAAUGUGGAGGAGAUUCCUUUCGAUUCUGAAGAUGUUACAGAGCCAACCAGUACUUUCAGCAUUUAAACAUAAAACUGCUCUGUCUCUUGCUUCGAUACACAUGAAUGAGGCUUCUCCCUCAGAUAAAACAUCUGCAUUUUUCUGAAAUUCAAAUCUCAAACACUGUGGUGGCAACUUAUAACAAAGAAGAGGUUAGAGUGGGGAAGGGGAGUGGGGUAGAAGCCAAGAAAAAGAGGAAACAAAAAGUAAAUGCAUAAAACACGGAAAUUAAAAUUAACAAUAUAGGAAAAUAGUAGUAACAGUCAUACAUAAGAAAAACACUAUCAGUUAGGUCAUCUAAAACAGAUUAUUAAAGAAAUUUAAAUUAAGGGGCAUUUAUAAUUAUUUUAAAUUAUCUAAAUUUUAAUAUAAGAACAAUUUCCCUGCAUAAUUUUAGUACUUGAAUAGCUAUACAGCAAAAUUUAAUGUCUUUUUCUUUUUCUUGUUUCUUAAUUUGUAAGAGAUUUCAUAAAACUCCAGAAAAAAUAACAAUUGGCAAUCAAAAAACAAAAACAAAAACAAAAACAAAAACAUAAAAAGCUUUUCUGGCUAUUGUACUAUAUUACUGGUAAGUUUCUAAACAUGUAAUUUGCUUUUAUGAUGUCAACUUUCUUUAGUUAUAAGCUGGUUAUCCUGUUAGAUUUAUCAUUUAUACUCUAGAAGCAAUCCUCAGACAAUCACAUUUAUCUAGGUUUCAAUUUUUAUAACUGCCUAAAGGGCUCAUCCAUUUACGUGAGUCUAUUACUGAGGGUUGACUAAAUAAUAUACUUUUCUAUGUCUAAAGACUCUUAUUUUUCACUUAAAUACUUGUAUUUUUAAACAAUGAAAAUAUGUACCACAAUAAAUUAUUUUUAAUAAUUUGGACUGCUUAUCUCUUUAAAAACAAUUAUAUAUAAAUUAUUAUAGUCCAUGUAAUAUGCCCCUAUUAAAAUUUAAUUUUGAUAGAAAUAACAAUGGUCAAAAAUA